UAAAUUUUCUUGUUAAACUAAAAUUAUGGGGUAGCCGCAUCAUAACCAGAGAAUAUAUACAUAAAAAGGUAACGUUACAUUGAAAGUUUCCUGUCGGCCAAGAAGUUGAUAUACUUAAACGAGAAUUUAAAGUGAUUAAACAUAAAGUGGGGCUACUGAAUUUGCAGAAUUCUUAGCCGAAGGUUUCUCCUAAAUAAUACAAAAGACUCGUAAAUCACCUUAUUGGGGUUAAGGUAUUUCAUUAGAAAAUCAAUAAUUAAUCAGCGCAAACAUGUUGUUUAAUGAACCAAAAAUUUUGGAUGCCAUCUCAGAUCCUAAUAUUGUACAAUUGAAUAGAUUGGAACAAAGGUCUUAUUAUUUACCAGAGGAAUCAACUCUCUCACUUAAUGGUGUCUGGGACUUUAGGUAUGAUGAGAACCCUAGGUUAGUUGCUGAAGAUGGGAAUUUUUAUACAUCAACGAUAUCAGUUCCUGGUCAUUGGCAACUUUCAGGCUUUGGGAAACCCCAUUAUACAAAUGUUUGUUAUCCAUUCCCCGCCGACCCACCAAAUGUUCCUUCUCUUAACCCCGUAGGAACAUAUCGAAAAUUCUUUUCUGUACCUAAAGCUUGGGACUCUACUUCUUUUGAAUAUCGACUUAGGUUUGAGGGGGUUGAUAACUCAUUUCAUGUCUUCUUAAAUGGAAAAUUGAUUGGUUAUAGUGAAGGUAGUAGGAAUGCUUCUGAGUUCGAUGUAUCUCACUUGGUUUUAGAAAACGAAUUAAAUGAAUUGGUAGUUAGAGUUUAUCAAUGGUCCUCUUCAAGUUAUAUUGAAGACCAAGACCAAUGGUGGUUAAGUGGUAUCUUCAGAGAUGUUUACUUUUUAGGAUUUAACAAGAAGGGAUAUGUUAAGAACUUUCAGAUUAAUACUGAUUUUGAUGAACAAUAUUUAGAUUCUAAGCUCCAUUUACAGAUUAGUUACAAUAUUCCAUCGAAUGUUCAAAUUGAAUUAUUUGAACCAUCAGGCUCAUUAUUAAUUCAAAAUAAGUAUGACAAAGAUGCUUCUGAAUCUAUUACAGUUGAUGUUGAAAAACCUAAAAAGUGGACAGCAGAGACCCCAGACCUUUACAAGUUAGUAAUCAAUGUAAUGAAUGAUUCGAAUGACAUUAUUAGUUCAUUAUCUCAAGAUGUUGGGUUUAGAACAGUUGAAAUGAAAGACGGACUCAUUAAAGUUAAUGGAAGACCUAUUUUACUUAGAGGUGUUAACAGACAUGAUCAUCAUCCUAAAUAUGGUAGAGCUGUCCCCCUUGAUUUUGUUGAGAGAGAUCUUAAAUUGAUGAAGCAACACAACAUCAAUGCUAUUAGAACUUCUCAUUACCCUAAUCAUCCUAAGUUUUAUGAACUCACUAACAAGCUUGGGUUUUGGGUCUUGGAUGAAGCAGAUCUUGAAUGCCACGGCUUUUAUGAAGCAGUCAGGAGACCAUUAGAUGCAUCUGAUAAAGUUGAGUAUGAUCCUGAAAAACGUGAUUUAUUUAAGGAUGCUGCAAAAUACACGUCUGAUAACAAGGAAUGGGAAACAGCUUAUGUUGACAGAGCAAACUCAUUAGUAAAUCGAGACUUGAACCAACCUUCGGUCAUUAUUUGGUCUUUAGGAAAUGAGUCCUUCUUCGGUAGAAAUCAUUUUAAGAUGGCAGAGACUAUCAGAAGGAUCGAUAUUCAAAAAAGACCGGUUCACUAUGAAGGUGACCUCAAUGCUGAAUUAGCAGAUAUGUACAGUAGAAUGUAUACCAGUAUUGAAACUACGGAAGACUAUUCCAAACAAAAUAAGAAACCAAUGAUUCUUUGUGAAUAUGCUCAUGCUAUGGGAAAUGGUCCAGGAUUACUCAGACAAUACCAAGAAUUAUUCUAUAAACAUGAAAAUCUACAAGGAGGUUUUAUAUGGGAAUGGGCAAAUCAUGGUAUCGAGGUUAAAGAUGAGAAUGGUAAUUCUACAUAUUAUUACGGUGGAGAUUUUGGUGAUCAACCAAAUGACGGUGUUUUUAUUAUGGAUGGGCUUGUUGACUCUAGACAUAAUCCAACUCCUGGUCUCACCGAAUAUAAAAAGGUGAUUGAACCCAUUAUUUGUACAUUUAAUGAUGGAAAAAUGCAGAUCACUAAUACCUUCGAUUAUUUAGGCCUUGAAAACUUUUCAGCAAGUUAUAUCUACUAUGGUUAUAAUGAUUUAAAAGAGACGAUUAUACAAGAAGGAGAGUUAGAACUUCCAGAGAUUCUUUCUAAAGCUACCUCCGAGCUUAGCUUACCAAAGUUGGAUAUUGGAAGCAUCGAUGACUUUUCAAAAAUCCUUUUUGAAGUUGAAUUUAAAGUAAAGAAUGCAACAAAGAGUUUACCAUGUGGACAUUUAGUUGCAUGGUCCCAAUACUUCAUCAAGAAUGAAAAAGAUGUAGCACUUCUUGCAAGAAAUCAGAUCUCUGAACCAAGUGUCAUCUUUGAAGACUCCAGAAAUACAACCAGAGUCAUUACAAAUAAUCAGAAUUUGGUUUUUGAUAAGAUUGAAGGAAAAGUAAUCAGCUGGACACUUAAAGAAAGCAAAGCCAAAAUUAGUGAAAUUGGUAUAGAGGCACUUUCUAACUUAAACUUUUGGAGACCAAGUAUAAAUAAUGAUACACCCGUCGAUGAACCUUACUGGAAAAAAUAUGGCUUGGAUCAGAUGAAAAAGUCGAUUGUGAAUGUAUCAGUAAAUGAAGUUAAGAAUCUGGAAGACGGUGUAUUGGCUGAGUUUGUUGUAGAAUCUUUAGUUGCACCACCCAUUCUUGCUUGGGGCUUUAAAGCAACAGAGAAGUACGUAGUUUACAGUGAUGCUAUCGAAAAAUCCUUGAGUUUGACUGCUUAUGGAAAUCCUGAUCAUUUUCCAAAAACACUUCCAAGAUUUGGAUAUGAGUUCACCGUGAACGAGGAACUUGGUGAUAAUGUAGCUUGGUUUGGUAGGGGCCCAGGAGAGAGUUAUAGUGAUAAAAAGGAAUCACAGAAAUGGGGUCUACACAAGGAAGUAUUUGAAAAUCUUAACUACAGUUAUGAUUAUCCCCAAGAAAAUGGAAACCAUGAAGAUACAGAGUGGUUAUUAUUAAAGGAGAAUACAGGAGAUUUAGGACUCUUGGUCAAUUCAGAUAGGAAGUUUGGAUUUAAAUUCUCAAACGAAUAUGGAGUUCAAGAAGCUUUACAUCCAAAUGAGAUCAAAAAGUCUAAACUUAGGACAGUCAGAAUUGACUAUAAGCAACAUGGAGUAGGUACAGGAGCUUGUGGACCACUUGUACUUCCAGAUUUUGAGUUCGAAUUUGAACGUCAAAUUGACUUGUUUGUUCUGCUUAAGUUUGUUCGUAUUUAGUAAAUAGUUAAUUGCCGCGAAAUACAUUUAUAUGUUAUGUUUAUGUGAAAUAUU